AUGUUUAAAACUGGACGCGCUCUGCGCGUUCACUCUGGGCGGCGUGUACUGCGAUCUUCCUUCUGCAGCUGCGCUGUUCUUCGUAAUGAUUUGAGUCAAUCUCGGACUAUUAACUACGAGGCGAAGUAUGCGGACAAACUUCAGAAACGCGCACAAGAGCAAGGUAAAAGUGUUACCGACUUGCUUAACGAACUUAAGGAGCAGGAGAAGGAGAAACGAAGGCAAAGGCUAGCAGCGGAAGCCCGGAGGGCCUCGUCUACCGCUGAAUCAGCUCCACAAAGCACAUCUACACCGUUAAAAUCAGCCUCUUUAACACCUUCUAGUUCUCAAUCUACUGGACGGCGGGAUAGCUCUCCUGUCAAGCCACUCAAUAGUAUAUUCAAUCUUGACAGAUUGUUGAGUAGUCCUCAUACUCCCGAGCAAUUAUCUAUGUUAUGGCGAGCGUACCAUUCCUCACGUUCUGGUGGUACUGGGCGCGGCUUCCUUUCCGCCAGUGUCCCGGUCGACACGUACAGCAAAAUGAUGGAUGUGGCGCUCAAGUACCCGACCUUUGUCGUCCCCGUUCCUCGUCUUAAAACCGAAGCCGCGCAGGGUGAUGAUAUCCCAGCGUACGAGUUCUACUUCAUGCAAUGGGAUUUCCAUGGACCGCCCCGAGGACCGUUAACGACCAGGGAUAUCUUCGAACCGCAUCAGCCUUCUCCCAACCCUCAGACAUCCACAAUCCUGUUUACGCCACUGCAAGAGUACAAGAUGCGCAACUCUUUCGCUACUCCAUACCUGGUCAUGACUCAUUACACUGACCUUGCCAAGUCGCAUGGGAUGGUAUUGCUGCGAGGCGAGAUCACCCCUUCAACUAGCUCGCCAGGGGCAGGAGCAGCGAAGGGUGACGGGCGAUAUAUGUUAAGCCAGCAGGAUGCGCAAUUGCUGGCAAUCGCAGUGCAGAGAUUCUAUCUGUGGAGUGAUGGGGAGAACGAGCGGACUGCCUUACUGAAGGCAUUCCACGAAAAGCCAGACGAGUUCAGCUGGGAGGAGCUGCUGAAGCAUAUAGAUUAUUCAAUAUAG